AUGUCUGAUAACAACCACAACCCUGAAAUGCCUCGGAUGAACCUUCGCGACUCUCGGAACCCAAACUCAACCAUGUCUCCUCCGAACUCGGGCUUUUCGCCCUAUGGGGCAGUACAGCUACCACCAGUGUACUCCUACCGACAAUCCCAGCAACAGCAGCAGCAGCAAGUACCACCAGUACAACUGUCUCUGGAUCUGAAUUAUUCCGGCUCUCCAAACCCUAUUGCGCAACCAUUACACCCCAUGCAGACACAAACCCACCAAACGGCUGACAAUCGGCCCCGCAUGCGGGUCAGCAAAGCUUGUGAUCGAUGCAGGACGCAUAAAAUCAAAUGCACAGGGUCGGACCCAUGUGCUACCUGUGUACGACAAAAGAAAGAGUGUACGUUUUCCAACUCUGCCAGUGGUAGUGGUGGUGCCAAUGUACCAAAUAAAACCAAUGGAUAUCAACAACAAGGUGCAGAUGCAAAUAAACGGCGCAAAUUUAGCACUCUUAAUUCAGAACCGUUUGGGUUGCCGGUUGUUGACAAGUCAAAUGACAAGGAGUACAUCUCGCAUUUGGAAAAUAGGGUGCAGUAUCUUGAACAUUUAUUGUCAAGAAACACAUUUGAAGAUUUUAGAAAUCCACGGUCACAAGAACCAGAAAGUGAAGGGGUCAUUGAGACGUUGUACACCACAAGUUCAAAGUGGAGGUUUUCGCGUCGUCACCAGAAUUUACUUAUUGUUGAAUUGUGCAAGUCGAUGUAUUCAAACUUGUCAGAAGAGCUGAAGGAAAAAGUGACAAUCCCCCGUAUGCAAUACUUUGGAUGGAACAUGUCGGGAGUCAACUACCUCACGCCGGAAAAUUUGCCUCCUUUACCCCAAUUAGACAUCGAGUUGGAUGAACGUUACUUGAUUGAUUUUUUCUUCAAGGAAGUGAACCCAUUGUUUGCCAUUAUUCAUGAAACGGUGUUUCGUGAACAAUAUGAAGCGUAUGAUAAGCUUAUGAAGGAGGAGGCAGUAACUACCGCCUCUGGCGAGAACAAGCACGACUCAAAAACAAACCAAACGAAAUUGUACUCCGCCAUCUUGUAUCUCAUCUUGGCGUUGGCCAUUCGAUUUAGUGAAUUUCAAAAGCCCAAGAGCCCCGACUUGGAAAUGUUGAAAUUGGAGGAGAAAUUGUUUAAAUAUGGAUACAAGAUUGUGUCGAUAUUAAGUUUUGAAUGGGAAUCAUUUGAGUUGAUCCAGAGUUGGCUAUUGAUUGCAUUAUACCUAAGAGUAGCUCACCGACAAACAUCUUCGUCACAUGCGUUGGGCCAAGCGAUUACAAUGACAAAAUCGAUGGGAUUAGGAUUCAGUGAGGAAAACUAUAAUAUCUUGGCGUGCACUGGGUAUGAACGCUUGAAGGCUAAACGAAUUUUUUGGUGUGUCUUUACAUUUGAUCGGGUAUGUGGGUUACAAACUGGGCGAUAUUGUGGUAUUCGAGAAGAAGAUUUUGGACGUGGGUAUCCUGGAUUUGAUUUCGAACAGGAGACGGUCAAGGAUGACUGGUUGACUUUACCUGCAUUGGCAUUGUUGCAUAUUGCCAGAAUCUCAAACUUUGUGCAUACGGCACCCAAUGAUAACCCUCAUUUGAUCAAAUAUCAACAGAUUAAUACCGAAUUGGUCAGUUUGCAUGCAUGGUUCAAUGAGAUUGGAUUUAGGAAUGAUUUGCUAUUUAAUAAAAAUGUGGGCCAUAAUGGGCCAAAUGAAGUUAGUUCGUUGAUCAAGGCACAAGUCAAGUUGCAUUAUUACGAUUUAGUGCUUUGUGUUCAUGGUAAAGUUCUUUUCAAUUAUAUUGGACGCAGAAUUGCGAGUAAUGGGUUAAAAGUCGAUAUGGUUUUGGAUGCAUGUCAUGGUGUCAUUGAAGUUUUGGAUAAGGUGAACAAAGCCGGGUUGCUAUAUACUCCAUGGUACUCGGUUCUACUCUUGCUAUUCAAUAUUGGUGUCAAUGCUCUUUGCUUGAUCAAUGGCGGUGUUUUCAUUCAGCAAUCAAGAGAUCUCUUGAAGAAUACUAUUAAAUUGUUUACCAUUUUGAAAAAAUCGCCAAUUAGGAAUAAGCAAAACAAGUUGGUGUUUCGUGAACGAUUUAAAAUGGUGAGAGAAUGUACGUGGGCAUUAAAAAUGGCCAAUAAAAUCUUAACGUUGCGAUUAGAAGAAGAUAUGAAUGCCUUGAAUAAUAUUGGUGUUGAUCAUGGCUCAUCUGAUGUAAAUAAGCAGUAUUUUUCUCAGUUGGGAUUCAAUGAUGGUGCACCUGGUGGACACACCAAGGAAGAUACAGUUGCUCCUGCUGGUGCUGCUGGUGCUGCUUCUGCUAAUUCUACCUCAAACCUCUCGUCGAGCAAUUCUCGCCAUGCGCAGUAUCAAAACCCACGCUCCAGCCAAGGCAAGAGCAACGAGUUCAACAAAGUAUUUGAACAACAGUUGUAUCGAAAUGAAGAGGGUUCCAAUAUACCACAUCAUAUAUUACAACAGCACCAAGAAUUACAAGGAGAAGCAAGCGGUACAGCAUCGCCAAUUUUAUCACAGUCGGGUGCUGAAAUGCAUACACCUAUCGAAGGCACUGCCACCACAAACACCAACAACGAUGAAGGAUCAUCCUAUGUUAAUUCAUUCAAUACGCCAUCUUCGGAUAACCAUGAAGGUGGCGGUGCCAUUGAUCCGUACCCGUCAACUGAAAUUGACCAGAUGUUGAGUAACUUGCAAUGGUUUGAUCAGUGGGUUGAUUUUACCUAUGAUUUUUAA